AUGAAAACCAACAUCCUCCUCCUGCUCACCCUCGCCGCCGGCAUCAUGGCCGCCCCAGCCGAAGACGCCGACGCCAACGCCGACGUCCACACCAACGACCUCAGCCAGCGCGGCAGCUGCUACCACCCCAGCUCGUGUGGCCGUGCUUGGGCUGGGAAGUGUGAGGAUUACUGUGGCUCGCGGGGGUUCUCGCAUAUGACCGGCGAUGGAUGUGGCUUCCUUGCUAAGAAGUGCUGCUGCAGCCGGAAGUAA